GGAAGAAAACUCCAUAUCCGUUCAUAGAUUCCUCAAUUGUUUUUGUUUCCUUUGUUUUUUAGCUUUUCCAGUCUCAGACAUAUAGUGAUGCCACACAUAUUGAACAACAACCAAAAUAUACGUUUCACAGUCAGCUAGUCUUUUCAUCUAAAAAAAGCUAGUGAGUCCUUUUUUUGAAAAAACAAAAAUCUUGUUGUUUUCAGUAAUUGUAUUUUCACCUGUAAUAUUACUUGGAUCGGUCGUCCAACAACAACUUCAACACCCCAACCAAUGAUCAGAAACGACCUGAAAUUAAUUUUGAUACUUGCGUUCAUCACCGUCGUCCAUGCAAUAUGCGAGCGCUCAUGCCGUUCCAGCCAGGGAGUCCAGAGGACCUUCGAUUACCCGUUCGGAUUCUCCGCCGAUUGCGAAAUCCAGCUAAACUGCAAGCCAACCGGCGAAGUCCAUAUCGGCGAGUUCCCGGUGAAAUCGGUUGAUCCGGAGAGCAUAAGAGUGGACAUCCAACGGAACUGUAACCGUCCGCUCCACACCCUCCAACAGCUGUACGGUCACAAGUACGCUCCCACCUCGCGAAACGGGAUUCUGUUAGAGAACUGCAGCGAACCGUUUUCCACCUGCGUGAUACCCGGGAUUCAGGUCCCGGCCCAUUUCGAUUCCAUGAAUUGCAGCUCCAACAGCAACAUCAGCUGCUAUUCCGAAGAUACGAGCCUCGCAUUUAUUGAUUUCGACAACGUGAAAAGCAAACGGUGUGAUUAUUUGCUCUCCUCCAUAUCCUCCGAGUCGUUGAAUUUGGAAAUUCGGGUUGUCGAAUUGGGUUGGUGGCUCGACGGAAGCUGCGACCAGCUCUGCCAUAGGAAUGCCAAUUGUACGAAUAUUCAGCCGCCACAUGGCAAGCCGGCACAUCGGUGCUCCUGUAAGAAAGGCUUCCAAGGGGAUGGAUAUAAAGCCGGAAUCGGCUGCCGGAAAACAUCUACAGGUUGCAACCCCACAAAAUACUUGUCUGGAGAAUGUGGAGGAAAGACUCGUGUUUUCACUUUAGUUGGAGGCAUUGCUGCUGGGUCUUCUUUAAUGAUCAGUCUUGGUUUAAUAUGUUGUUUCAUUCGACGGCGGUCCAAAUUGAAAGCCAGAGACACCACAAAACGCCGUCUAUCUGAAGCUACAGGAAACUGCAACAUUCCCAUCUAUCCCUACAAAGAAAUUGAGAAAGCCACCAACUGCUUCUCAGAGACACAGAGGCUAGGAACUGGAGCUUUUGGGACAGUUUAUGCGGCAAAACUCUACAGUGACGAAUGGGUUGCGAUCAAAAGGAUCAAAUACAGAGACACAGACGGUAUAGGGCAAGUCAUGAAUGAGAUCAAGCUUAUUUCAUCUGUAAGCCACCCAAAUCUUGUCCGUCUCUUAGGUUGUUCCAUUGAACAUGGUGAACAAAUUCUAGUCUACGAAUUCAUGCCCAAUGGAACACUGUGUCAGCAUUUGCAAAGAGAGAAACAUCACGGACUUCCAUGGCUAAUCCGAUUGACCAUUGCCACUGAAACUGCUCAAGCAGUUGCAUACCUGCACUCCGCAAUUAAACCUCCAAUAUACCAUAGAGAUAUAAAAUCCAGCAAUAUACUUUUAGAUCAUAAUUUUAAAGCCAAAGUCGCAGAUUUCGGCCUAUCAAGACUUGGUAUGACAGAGAUAUCCCACAUUUCAACAGCACCACAGGGCACCCCUGGCUAUCUUGAUCCUCAGUACCAUCAGAAUUUCCAUCUUUCUGAUAAAAGCGAUGUGUAUAGCUUUGGAGUAGUUCUAGUGGAGAUCAUAACGGCAUUGAAAGUGGUGGACUUCUCUAGGCCACAGAAUGAAGUGAAUUUGGCUGCUUUAGCCACUGACAGAAUUGGGAAAGGGUGUUUGGAUGAAAUUAUAGACCCAUUCCUUGAGCCCAAUAGAGAUGCAUGGACACUUUCGUCUGUGCAUAAAGUAGCAGAGCUUGCAUUCAGAUGCUUAGCAUUUCACAGGGACAUGAGACCUUCAAUGACAGAAGUGGCGGCCGAGUUAGAGCAAAUCAGAUUGAGCAGAUGGGCAUCUUCGGAAGAAAUCACUUUCACAGCUACAGCUUCACCUGAGUUAUCAACUUGCUCUUCUUUCUCCAAUGUGAGUGAGAAGCCUCUUAAUGUUAAUUAUAAGACUGAAAAUGAGAGAAGGGGCAAGUACCUGGUGCAUGCGCGCACAGGGGAUGGUAGUAGCUUGAAUUCAAUGGAAAAGUUAAAGGAUGGUUCACCAGUUUCUGUGCAAGAUCCUUGGUUUAGUGAACAGAGCUCGCCUUCUUCUAACAGUUUGCUAGGUAAUGCAAUUCAAUGAUAUCCAAAUUAGGUAAUUUUUUUUUUUUUUGUUCUGGGUUUUUAAUACAAUGGUAGUUUCCCAGCAGGGGUUUUGUCUUUCACUUUUUUUUGUUUUGAUUAUAUAUAUAUAUAUAUAUUUAUAGAUUUGUUAGACUCGAUCACAUACUGGACAAACAAAGUCCCUAUCAUUUUUACAGUAUUACUUCCUGGGUUGUUUCUGUAAAGUUUUCUUCAUAAAUUAUAUACUACACAAUCGAAAAGGGUGCGUUGUGAUA